GCGUUCUUCCGGUCCUCAUGGGCGUGCCCUUGGCCACGCCCAGUUGCGCGUUCCCGGCAGUUUCCGUUUCUUUUCUUUUUUUAUGCGCUCGCGUGUUCCAGGAGCAGCAGCAGCAGCAGCUCUGCGUCGUCAUUGUGCUCAGAGGGAAGCGCGUGGUCAGCAGCAGCAGGGUGACUGGUACAUGUUGGUGUGCAAAACCGGGCUUUAAGUCAGACAUGGAUACCGAGAAGAUGGACAGCAUUCCAGACAUGUCAGAAACUCAGAAGCAGGAGGAGGCUGUAGUGGAAAAAAUGGGAAAACUGGAGGUGACGGAGGAAUCCGUGGAGCCUGAGAAUCCACCGGCUGCUGUGGAAGAAGUUGAGCAGCUGGAGUUAAAUGGUCACGCUGCAGAGGCAGCAAACGCAGAAGAGCCCGUUGUUGCUGGAAAUACAAAUCAAGGUGAAAAAGAAGAAGAAAAGUCAGAGUCCAGUGUGGUGGCGCCACCAGAGUCGGAGUCCCCUGUAAAAAUGUCUGAACCUGAGCCAGAAGAUAUCCCAGAGCCUUCACACUCACCUGAGCCAGAGGAGAAGGUGUCGCCUCAGCCAGUCAAAGCGCAGCCACCCAGCCAGGAAGAGAGAGCUCCAGAACCCGUGGAGGCGGAAAGCCAACUGCACACCAAAGUGGAAGCCGAGACCGUGAAAGAUGAGCCAGCAGCUGUUCAGGAGAAAGACGUUCCCCCUGAAAAACCAACUGAAGCAGCAGCAGCAACACAGGAGGCAUCGGCUGAGGUUGUUAAAGAAGAAGCAGCAGCAGUAGAGGCUGUGGCAGAAAAACGAGUUUCUUCUGAACAACCGACCAUAACGGAGGCAUUGGCUGAGGUGGAAAGUGAAGAACCUGCUGCGCCUCAGGAGAGGGGGGACCCUGGUCAGACUGAGCCAGCUGUGGAAGCUGAAGCUGUUAAACCUGAGCAGAAAGAGCCCAAGCCUCAGAAGGAAGAGAAUGUGGUUCCUGCCCCUGGAUCGCUGUCUUUUGCCAUUUUAGAGCAAGAGGAGACCAAAAAGGCCCUGAGAGUUUCCCGCACCCUUGUUGUCCUCAGGGGACUUCCAGGAAGUGGUAAGAGCUUCCUGGCCAGAGCCAUUGCCGAUGCCUACAUAGACCAGUGCUCCGUGUUCUGUGCUGAUAGUCACGACAUUAAACCAGAAAACCCAAAGUCAUCUGCCGAUGGAUACAAGGCCCUGGAUGACGCAGUAGCAUCCCGCUGUGGUGCCGAUGUGCCUGCCGCGGUGCUGGUCGUGGUGGACGACACCAACCACACCCACGACCGGCUGGCCCGCCUGGGAGAAAUAGCUGAAGAAUACAAUCUCGUCGCCAUCUUCUUGGAGCCACAAACCGAGUGGAGCCGAGAUUUGGCCGAGCUGAAAAAUAAGACGAGCCGUAGGCUGGAGGAGGCCCAGCUGGAAGCGAUGACAAGUCCGCUGGAAGAGACGUCCAUCCCUCUGUUCUACGGCUGGUUUCUCCUGUCCUCGGUGCAGGACAAGCUCAGGUGCACAGUGCUGGACUUCCUGAAAACGCUGGACACCAUGGAUGCCUUCAAAAAGCACAUGGCUGACUUCUCAGGAAAAGCUGAGAAGGAGGUGGACCUGGAGCAGUACUUCAAUGAAAAGUCCACUUUCCACUGCACCACCAAGUACUGCGACUAUGGAAGAGCUGAUGGGGCCAAAGAGUACGCGCAGAAUCCUGCUGUUAAAAAGUCCUACGGCUCCGUGUUUGAGCUGUCGCUGGUGGCCCUCUUCGUCACGCCCCGCACCGUCGGCGCCCGAGUGGUGCUCACCGAGGAGCAGCUUCUGCUGUGGCCAGCUGAGGAGGAAAAGCAGGCAGAGUCCAGCUCCUUGCCUCGCGGGAGCCGCGCCCACAUCACCCUCGCCUGUGCCGAGGGCAUCGAGCCCGUUCAGACGGGCCUGGAUCUCCUCCAGAUCCUGGCCCUGCCGCAGGGGGAGGUGGUGGAGGAGAUGGGGCUAGGCCCGCUGAGGUAUUACGGCGAAGGGAGGUGGAUGCUGGAGCUCCGAGAGUCCAUCGGCGCCCCGGCCAUCUUCUCCAGCUUCUACGCACACAAGGAGGUCCAGUCUACCAAAAAAGAACACGAGAAGAAGAAGAAGCUGAAAUGUGCCAUUCUUUAGGUUUCCUGCUAGGUGUCUGGUGAAACGUAGGCCUGACUUUGGAGGGUAUGUGCAGCAUUUAGGGUUUCUCUCUAAACCCACGAGCUGUGUGCCUUUUUACCAUUAAUUUGCACCACAACCUAAGAUGCCUUUGAGUUUGACUCGAUGUCGGUGUAGUUCAGAGCUGUUAGUGAGAAUUGUUAGCUGCUGUUUACCCUCCAUAACCCGUGUUUAACUAACAUAGACCUCCUCUCUACACACCAGUGUUUACCUGUUAGAUUAAAUAGGUACCUUUACUGCAUGCAUGCCUGAUUAACUGUAUCCAUAACAUGAACCGUAACCUUGCUGUAGUUUAUCCGACGCUGAUGUGUUCCCCAGUAGUGAUGGCAUCUGGAUCUGGGCCAAAGUUCUUGGUGUGCAAGUGAAUGUCGUUGGUAGAUUCUUCCUCGGCAGAGUUUAGAGGAGAGUGCUGGUGAACUAGGCGCCUGUUUCAGCUUGCACUUAUGAAAUGCUGUGAAUCCAAGUCCAUGUUUUGCAAUCUUUUGUACUUCGCAACCUUUGAGCAAACGCGUUUCAAUUUGUCUCUUGGCUGUAAUUUUUGAAGGGCCACUUUGACUUUGUAGCUCUUAAGAAUCACUAUUUUUGCACUUGUUUUUGUACACUUGAUAAAAAUAAAAUGCUUUGCUCCAGUUA